AUGAAUACUGCUCGUAAAGGUAACAAAGAAAGGUGUCGUUCAUUAAGACGACCAAAUGUGCCAUCAAAAUUAACAGUACAUCAACAACAAGCUUUAUUAACAUCUUGGAAAUCAUUACGACCAAUCAUUCAAACGGUUAUGCGAAAAAUAUUGAAUAAAUUGGAAGAGGAGGUGCCUAAAGUUAAAGAGAUUUUUUAUCAAACAGCAGUAUUGGAUGCUUUUAAUCGUGAAAGUACAUCGGAAAAUGCAAAUUCGGGUACUUUAGAUGAACAUGUAAAAUUGAUGAUGGGAUUUUUCAAUGAUUUAGUAUGUAAUGUGGAAGAUGAAGAGAAGAUAUCAAAUAAAAUUAGAAAAAUUGGUCAAUCACAUGCUGUUCUCAUUCAAUGUUCAUUCAGUGCCAAUAUUUGGGAAAAACUUGGUGAAAUUACUAUGCAAUGUUUUAGUAGACAGGAUGUUGUACAGAAGACAAGAGAAGCUGGAAAAGCUUGGCGUAUAUUAAUCGCUUGGGUUACCGAUGAAUUACGAUGUGGCUUUGAUGGUCGAACACGGUUUAAUAGCAGGUUAGCUUAG